UAAUUAUAUGUCCCUAUUAAUUUCCUUCCUCCGACUUCCUGAGUUUCUCUCCUACACAUUGCACGCCACCGAAUCCCCCCUUGGUCCCUUGCUUACCUCCCUUGUCAUUCCUUCCAACCCAUCCAAACAGACUUUCAAAAUUCUGAGGAUUCACUUGCCCUUCAUAAAACUCCGUUAACUAUCUUGUUUCCGGUGUACUUCCGUUGAACCGCCUCACUCGGAAGCGACGAAAUUAGGGUUGAGGUUAAGUUCUUUGCAUUUGCAAUAGAAGUUUGAAGUGUAUCGUCUUUCGGUUCUUUUUUCGGAUUGCGUUAUGUUCACGCCACAGAGGAGGCCGUCAUCGGCGAUCACAUUAACUCCUCGAAGCGAGGUGCGCAAGAGCGGUGUCGCAAAUGUUGCUUCGACUAGCCUUAAGAUUGGAGGGAAAGGUAAAGAGGUAGCGUUUAUGGAUGGAUCAAUGCCGCCACCGCUUCCUCCGCCGGUGGGUUCGCUGAGUGGUAAUGGUGCAGAGUUGGAUACCGAAGACAUGGAGGAUUGGAGGCGGUUUAGGGAGGCGGGUCUAUUAGAUGAAGUGGUCAUGGAGAGAAAAGACCGUCAGGCGCUUCUUGAGAAGGCCUCGAGGCUCGAAAAGGAGCUUUUUGAUUACCAAUAUAAUAUGGGGCUUCUCCUUAUUGAGAAGAAAGAGUGGAAUUUGAAAUACGAAGAACUAAGGCAAGCAUUAGCAGAAGCUCAGGAGAUCCUCAGGCGUGAGCAGUCAGCAAACAGAAUUGCAUUCUCUGAAGCUGAGAAGAGGGAGGAAAAUUUAAGAAAAGCCUUGAGCAUUGAGAAGCAGUGUGUGGCUGAUAUAUUUGAAAGACGAAGAAAUAAAGAGAAAGAGUUUGAAAAGGCUUUGCGUGACUUGCAAGAGGAGCGUAGACAGAUCAAGCAUGCUUCUGAGUCAAAGUUGGCUGAUGCAAAAGCUUUAGCUGUUGGGAUGGAAGAAAAAUCUGCUGAGGUUGAAGAAAAGUUGCGUGUUGCUGAAGCCAAGCUUGCUGAAAUCAACAGAAAGAAUUUAGAGUUGGAUGUGAAAUUGCAAGAGUUGGAAGAUCGUGAAAGUGUGUUUCAGAGGGAGUGUCUCUCCUUAAAUACUGAGAGAGAAGCACAUGAGGCAUCUCGCUGCAAGCAAAGAGAAGAUUUACUUGAGUGGGAGAGGAAACUACAGAAAGGUGAAGAGAGAUUGUGUGAGCUUCGAAGAACUCUCAACCACAGAGAGGAAAAGGCUAAUGAAAAUGAGAAGAUUCUUGAGCAGAAAGAGAGGGAUUUAGAGGAGGCUGAAAAGCAGAUUGAUCUAUCUUUUGCAAAGUUGAAAGAGAGGGAAGAUGAUGUAAACAAUCGGCUCUCAGAUUUGACUGCAAAAGAGAAGAAAGCUGACUCUACGAGAAGAAUCAUGGAGAGGCAGGAGAAUGACUUAAUUGCCUUGGAAGUGAAGCUUAGUGCUAGAGAAAAAGUGGAAGUUCAGCAGCUCCUUGAUGAGCAUCAGACUGCUCUGGAUGCUAAAAUGCAUGAGGUUGAGUUAGAACUAGAGGAGAAAAGGAAAGAGCUUGAUCAUGAAUUGAGAAGUACAGCAGAGGUAUUGGGGCAACGUGAAGGUGAAAUUCUUCACAGGGAAGAAAAAUUGAGGAAAAGAGAACAAGCUUUGGAUAAGAAGUUGGAGAGAGUGAAGGAGAAAGAAAAGGACCUUGAUGUAAAAUUGAAAAGUUUCAAGGAUAAAGAAAAGUCUAUGAAGGUUGAGCAGAAAAAGUUGGACUUUGAUCAGCAAAAAUUGCUUGCUGAUAAACAGAGCCUGCAGGUUCUCAAAGAUGACUGUGAGAAGAUAAGGUCUGAAAUUGCUCAGCAGGAAUUGCAGAUUGGUGAAAAGAGUGAAAAUCUUAAAAUAACUAAUUAUGAGAGGUUAGAACACCUUCGUAUGCAGGCAGAACUGAAACAGGAAUUGGAGAAGUGCAGGCGUCAUGGGGAGUUCCUCUUGAAAGAAGGUGAAGACUUGAAAGAGGAGAGAGAUAAGUUUGAGAAGGAGUGGGAAGUGCUGGAAGGGAAAAGAGCUCAACUUAGUAAGGAGCUUAACAAAAUUACCGAAGAGAAGGAGCAAUUUGUGAAGUUCCAGCGUAAUGAAGAGGAAAGACUGAAGAAGGAAGAAAAUGCAACGAAAGAGUACAUUCAGAGGGAGUUGGAGGCUGUUAGACUUGAAAAAGAAUCAUUUGAAGUGAGAAAGAGGGAUGAGCAAGUUCUUUUAUCAAAAAAUACUGAUAUGGAGCAUGAUCAAAUGAUGCAAGACUUUGAAUCACAGAGAAUAACUUUUGAGGCUGAUCUGAUAAGGAGGAGGGAGGCAAUGGAGAAAGUCCUGCAAGAAAGGCAGCGGUUGUUUGAUGAGCAGAGGGAGAGAGAACAUAAGGAUAUGGAUUACUUAAAAGAAGUUGCUCAGAAGGAAUUGAAAGAAAUACGCUCUGAAAAGCUUAAGAUAGAAAAAGAAAAGCAAGAAGUUGCAAAAAACAAGAAGCAGCUGGAGGGACAGCAAUUUGGAAUGCAAAAAGACAUUGAUGAGCUUGUGGUGCUCAGCAAUAAGCUUCGGGACCAACGUGAGCAGGUUAUCAGGGACAGAAAUCACUUCCUUGCAUUUGUUGGGAAGCAUAAGAGCUGCAAGAACUGUGUAGACAUUACUAGUGAGUUUAUACUUUCUGAUCUCUUGCCCCCUGACAUGGAAGACAGGAUGAUCCUUCCCCUUCGGAGGCAAUCUGAUGAAAUUUUGAGGAAUGUCGAAGAUGAUGUGGAUGUUCCCGUUGUUAUGAAUGUCAACCGAUCUCCUGGUGAACUAGAUUUGGGGUAUUCCAAUUCUCAAGAACGCAUGUCUUGGUUCCGUAAAUGCACCUCGAAGAUUUUUAGCAUAUCCCCUACUAAAAAGGUAGAGCAUUGUUCAGUACCAAUUUUGCAAGAAGAGAAGACUGAUGAUUUUGGUGCAUUUGCCAGUAAAGCAGCCAGACGUAGCCGUGUUUCUGGGGAUGAAUCUGGGCAGCUUGAUUAUGAUGGCAUCAAAGGAAAGGAAGAUAGAUAUUCUGUGUCUGUUGAUGAUCACAGCAUUAUGGACAGUAAGGUAGAGGAUUCUGAACAAUCAGAGCUGAAGAGUAGUCGACGUAAACCUGGGAGGAGACGCAAGGCUGGUAUAAGUAGAACACGUUCAGUUAAAGCAGUUGUUGAAGAUGCAAAGCUAUUUCUUGAGAAAAGCUCAGAAGAACCUGAAUGUCAUGCAAAAGAUGUGCGGUCUAAUGAUAUUUAUCAUAUUGUUGAUGAAAGUAUAGAGAAGCCAGCUGGCAACAUUGCAAGGAAGCGGGAACGAGCACCAACUGAAAGUGAGCAGGAUGCUGGUGAUAGUGAAGGAGGUUCUGAGAGUGUCACAACAGGUGCUCGCAGGAAGAGGCGACAAGUUGUGGCUUCAGCAAUUACUCCAGGGCAAAAGCGCUACAAUCUUAGGCGACACAGGACUACAGGAGCAACCUCUGUCAACCAAGCAUCGUCUGGCUUGACCAAGAUGAGGGAGAGAGAAACUGAUGGCUGUGAAUCUGUUGAAACAACAACGAAACCUGAAACUGCAAAUGCAUUGCCACUUGGAGUUGCUAGUAAGACUGGCAAGUCUACAGAUGCACUGAAUGUCACAACAGUAAAAAAUGUUGAGUCCACAGGGGAUAGGGCAGUCAGGGUCAACCAGGCUGAUGUAGCAAAAUCUAUUGAGAUUACGGAGUUGAGUGAGGAAGUAAAUGUUACAACAGAAUAUGUGGAUGAAGAUGAGAAUGGCAGCACAAUUCAUGAGGAGGACGAAGAGGAAUAUGAUGAUGAUGAGUUGGAGCACCCUGGUGAAGUUUCCAUAGGAAAAAAGAUCUGGACCUUUUUUACUACAUGAUGGAUGAAUUCUAUUUUGUGUUUCUGUCUAAUUGGAUUAGAUCAACUGUGAUGAGUACUUCGGCUUUCACAUUUUAGUUAGCACAGGUGAUGGUUGCAUUUUCAGAUCAACUCAUUCAUCUAUUCCUGUAUCCAUUCAUCAUUUAUUUUGUCUGUACCAAACGCCAAGAUGGAAUCAACAUAAUCUUUUCUCUGUUGUAUGCAA